GGUUCCGUCCUGCUGGGCUCACGGGUCUCUGUCCCGGUUCUGUCUCCCCAGGCGUGCUGGUUCUGGGCCUGUCCCGGCUGUGCUGGGCUCACGGGUCUGUCCCGGUUCUGUCUCCCCAGGCGUGCUGGUUCUGGGCCUGUCCCGGCUGUGCUGGGCUCACGGGUCUGUCCCGGUUCUGUCUCCGCAGGCGUGCUGGUUCUGGGCCUGUCCCGGCUGUGCUGGGCCUCUCUGAUGCCGCAGAGCCAGGAGCGAGGAGAAGUCUGGGUGCACCGGCACUUCGUCCAGGACUCCCUCUCGCUCUUCCUCCUCUUCUUCCUCAACCUGGCCGUGCUGUCCACCUACCUGAGCCAGGAGACCCUCAAGCUCGUACCGCUGCUCACCGGUCUGUUCGCCAUCGCCAGGCUGGUUUACUGGCUGGCCUUCGCCCUGGGCAGCAGUUUCCGUGGCCUGGGCUUCGGACUGACCUUCUUCCCCGUGCUGGUCAUGCUGGUGGCCAACCUGUACUUCACCUUCGUUCAGGAGGGCGGCAGCAUCUUCGCCCUGGAAGAGCCCGAGGAGCCCGGCGCCACGCCGCCCCCCGGCCAGCCCCGGCUGAGGUUCUGGGGCUGAUCCCGGGUCGGACUGCGGUACUGACUGGGCUGGCCAGCGGAUGUGGGGGACUGGCACCAGUUUCACUACCUGGGCUGUCCGGAAUGACUCUUAUUCGUCUGAAGGGAUCUUGGGGGUUGGGGGGGGUCGGCUGAGCUUGACUUCCUCUGCAGCGAAGGACCGGCUGACGGAGGCUCUUCCUGUCGGUGAUCUGCGCUCGUGUUUCAUUGGCUCACAAGGGCUCCAGCGCAGUUUCCUUCUACAAUGUAUGCUAUUAUAUUAUUAGUAGUAGGAUUAUGAUGAUGGUUGCAUUUUUUUUAAUUGCUCUUCCUGGCUGUCACACUUUCGUGGAGUCCAAUUUUACUCAAUGCUGCUUGUAAAUGUACUUUUUUUUUAAGUUUUGUAUGAAAAAUCCAGUAAAGCAAGGAAAUAUU